CCGGGUUGGGGCUCCGGCGUCCGGCGUCGGGAAAUGGCGUCGGGAAGCCGGAUGGAAGACUGUUUUGCCCCCCAGGGCUCCUUGGACAUCAUCCAGAGUGUGGAAGAAGAGCCCCUUCUGGACACCCAGCUUCUCCCCCAUCACUCCUUGCAGGCGCACUUCAGACCCAGGUUUCAUCCGCUCCCCACCGUCCUCGUUGCAAGUCUUCUCUUGGUUUUACACGUUGUAUUCGUGACUUUAGCAUUUUUAACAGGUGUGCUUUGUACCUUCAACAAUCCAAACGAUGAUGACAAGUGCCCUGGAAAUUACACAAACCCCCUGAAAGUUCAGACAGUCAUAAUUCUUGGAAAAGUGAUCCUGUGGAUUCUGCAUGUGUUUCUUGAGCGCUACAUCCAGUGUCACCACAGCAGAGUGAGAAACUUGGGCUAUAACCGGAUAUACCGAUCCACCAGGCAUCUUAAAAGCCUCGCCUUCAUGGUUCACUCCACUGGAAACACCAGUCUGCUCCUACUCCUGGGCCUGCAGCACUCCUUCCCCGACUUCAGCUGGCUCUUCCUUCUCCUCAUCCUCACCACCCUGGGCCUGGAGCUCAUCUGCUCCCUUACCUGGCUGCUCCUGUAUGCAGUGAAAAUUGGAAGAUUUAAUAGAGCUAAACCACAACCUGAUGUCCUUGAAGAAGAAAAAAUCUACACUUACCCGAACAGUAUUCCUUCAGAGACAGGAUUCAGGACCCUUUCAAGCUUAGAAGAAAUUGUUGAGAAGCAAGGGGACAUCAUCGUGAGUCUGAAGCGGCACAAUGUGCUGUUGAGUAAGCGGCUCUUGGCGCUCACUUGCCCGGAGCUAGGCGUGCAAGCGUGACUACUGCUUUAAUGAGAGUCACUUCACACCCUCCACCUGUCAGCUCCCAUGGGGAGCCAGAAGUCGCAGCCGGGCAACAGCUUCCUGUCCGGUGGAAGCCUGGAUUUGCUUCUUCCCUGUGUGGCUGUUUGGUAGAAGGGAGUGUGGGGGUCGUUUGGAAGGUCUUUGGGACUAGCCUUGAGAGCUUGAGGAAAAUGUUUGUUCUGUACAUUUUGAAAUAAUUUAACUUCUUGGCUUUUCCUGAGAUCAAAGGUACACUUGAAGAACCCUGUAAUAAUUUGGCUCCUCGUAAAGGAAGUCUACUGGGACAAUCUAUUUUAAACAGUUUUAAACUUA